UGUUGCUCAGCUCUUCGAGGACUUCCCCAAAAAGCACCAGUGCUCGGCAUAUUGUCAAUUCUUUGGAUUGAAGCUGUUACCGUGAUGUAUUCCACUCAAGUCAUACCUGUCAUAGGCCUCUCAUACAAUCUCUGUUCCCGUCAUCAUAUCGCUGUUGUCAAUCACGUGCACCAAAAAAUUGUAUGGAUUUGUCAGCGAGCUCAUCAAGGUUGUUUCACGUGCAGCGGAUGCCUCGGACUGGGAUCAAACUCGCUCACCCCCCGACCGCCGACUAGUCCCUUACCUCUCCCCGUGAGGCUGCGCGCUCAUACGCUCCCUACCAUACUAUUCCUCGUCCCGAUUUAUCCAACAUGGCACCCGUCACCAACGGACGCGUUUUGUUCAACGAGAUCCCCACAGACUAUCCGAUCCCGGGGAAGACGAUCGUGUACGACACAACGCAGAAAAUCGACCUCGACACGGUGCCGCUGCACGGCGGGAUGCUGGUGAAGAUGCUCGCGGUGUCUGUCGAUCCGUACCUGCGCGGACGCAUGCGGGACCCUGCGAUCGAGUCUUUCAUGCCAGCGUUCGAGAUCGGCGAAUCGCUCUGGAGCGGCGGCGUCGCCGUCGUCCUGCGCUCGGAAGUCGACGCCGCGCCCGCCGGCACCCACCUCCUCGGCUACCUCCCACACCAACAGUACGCGGUCCUCCCCGGGCUCCGCAUCGACACAACCAUCUACGCGCUCGUGCCGAUCGAGCGGUUCCCAGGCGUCUCGUGGUCGUCCUAUCUCGGCGCGGCCGGCAUGCCAGGUGAGACCGCGGUAUAUGGGUGGCGUGAGUAUUCCAGGGCGAAGAAGGGCGAAGUCGUGUUCGUCACCACCGGUGCUGGACCCGUCGGCUCGAUGGUCAUCCAGCUCGCAAAACAGGACGGCCUCAAGGUGAUCGCGUCGGCGGGUUCGGACGAGAAGGUCGCGUUCAUGCAGUCGCUCGGCGCCGACGUCGCGUUCAACUACAAGACGACGGACACAUGGGAGGUCCUCAAGAAAGAGGGCCCGAUCGAUAUAUACUGGGACAACGUCGGCGGAGACUCGCUGGACGCUGCGAUGGAGUACGCGCGCAGCCACGCCAUAUUCAUCGAGUGCGGCAUGAUCGCGAAUUACAACGGCGCGCCCCUCCCGAUCAAGAACCCCGGCCACAUCGUACCCAAGUCGCUCUCGUUCUUCGGCUUCCUCGUCGCGGACCUGCGCGCCAAGUGGGUCAGCCUGUUCGAGAAGGAGAUCAUCCCGCAGCUCGCGCGCGGGGAGCUGAAGCAGCUGGAGGAUAUCAACGUCGGGCUGGACAAGGUGGGCGAGGUCAUGCUCAGUGUCAUGAAGGGCACGAAUACUGGCAAAAUGGUCGUCAUGGUGGAGUAGGGGCACAGGGAUUGGCGCCAGUCGGGA